CUCUCUCUCUCUCUCUCACGUUCAAACGUAACACCGGGAAAUUGCAUUGCUCGCACUUCGAUGGGUUACUUGAGCACAAAGCAACCCCAGCCGUUUGCCUUGGAGCUCGCCAUCGUCUGCUGAGAAUCUAUGGGAUCGUCUUCUACCCCGCUUGCAGGUUGAACGUAUUUGCUGCAAGGAUGCUGUUCCUAAGCCUUCAAGCUCAUUCUUUUGGCAAUGUUGAAUCACCAGUUGUUCCCCUGUUAAAACUCCAACAAGUCCCUUGAAGACACAUUAUAACUAGCAGUAAUGUAUUGAGGUUCUCAAGCUCUAGUAGCAUUGUUAGUUAGCUGUGCGUGUUUAAUUCGUACCAAUAGCAUAUAUCCCUGCGUUCUUAUUUGUAGAUGAAGAAGGUUCUUCCCAUCUCAAGGUUUUUAAUAUCUUAAACUCUUUAUCAAGCUUAACUUAGAUGAGUGUGUUGUCUUCCCAUUCUUUUGAUAUAGUAUGGUUAGAUUACCACUGAUGCUUAGAUGGUUUAUUGCAGACCAACUCCAACAUUUCCAAUCCAGUUUUCGUAUAGACUUUGUUUCCUAAUAUUGGUGUUAAAACACUGAGAAUUAGGAAUCACCGAAAGAAAGUUAUGCAUCAAUCAUCAUAUUAAUAUACCUUCAAAACGCCUUGAGAUGUGGAAGUAAAUCAGCUGAUGGGUGGUGAGGAUCUUCGGAGGAACCCUGCGUAGAAUUUGCGCUCCCUAUAAAGACCGUCCUCCCCUCUUCUUACUUGCCUCAUAUCACUUGGCUUCUCUCUUCGCCUGCUGGUCUCUUCCAUCCAUCCCUCUUGCUGCUUCUCUCGUAAAGAGGGAGAUAAGAACUCAUGGCUCUCAGUACGCGCACUACUACUGACUCGAACUGGUGGGUGUUCACCCUUCCUGCCUUCUUCGGCGUCGAUACGCUGCACUGCGACCUCCCCCUGCUCUUGCUCAGCCUCUUCAUUGCUUUCGUCUCCUUCGGCCUGAUCGCCUGGGUCCUGUCCCCCGGAGGCCGCGCUUGGUCUCACGGCCGGGCCCGCCGUGGUACCGUUCCUAUACCUGGCCCCCGCGGCCUCCCCGUUUUCGGCUCCCUCUUCUCCCUCGUCCGCUCCCUCCCCCACCGCGCCCUCGCAGAGCUCUCCGCCGCCGCUGGUGCCAAGCCCCUCAUGGCCUUCUCCAUCGGAUCCACCCCCGCCGUUGUCUCCUCCGACCCGGCCGUGGCCCGCGAGAUCCUCUCACACCCGGCCUUCUCCGAUCGCCCACUCAAACGCUCUGCCCGCGAGCUCAUGUUCGCCCGCGCCAUCGGCUUCGCUCCCAGCGGCUCCUACUGGCGCCUCCUUCGCCGCGUCGCAUCCGCCCACCUCUUCUCCCCCCGCCGCGUCGCCGCCCACGAACCCGGCCGCCAGGCCGAUUGUUCCGCCAUGUUGUCCGCCAUCGCCGCCGAGCAGCGUCUGGAUGGCUGCGUCCGCCUCCGCCCGCACCUACAGAACGCCGCCCUGAACAACAUCAUGGGCAGCGUCUUCGGGCGGCGUUAUGAGGUGUCGGUACCGGGGGGCGAGCAGGAGGCAGAGGAGUUGAAGGCCAUGGUGCGGGAAGGCUUCGAUCUCCUGGGCGCCUUCAACUGGUCUGAUCACCUCCCGUGGCUGGUGCAGUUCUACGACCCCACCAACGUGAAGAAGCGAUGCGCCGCCCUCGUGCCGCGCAUCCGCAGUCUGGUGACCAGCAUCAUAGCCGAGCACCGCCUCCAGGGGCCGAGCCGCGAGCAGGACAAUGGCGACUUCCUUGACGUGCUCCUCUCGUUGGACGGCCACGAGAAGCUCGAUGAAGACGACAUGAUCGCCGUCCUUUGGGAGAUGAUCUUCCGGGGCACGGACACGACAGCGCUGUUGACGGAGUGGACCAUGGCGGAGCUGGUGCUCCACCCGGAGGUUCAGGCCAAGCUCCGUCGCGAGAUCGACGCCGUCAUUGGCCGCCACCACGUGCCGACGGAUGCCGACGUCGUGCGGAUGCCCUACCUCCAGGCCGUGAUCAAGGAGACUUUCCGCAACCACCCGCCGGGACCCCUGCUCUCCUGGGCCCGCCUCUCCACCGACGACGUCCACCUAAGCAACGGUAUGCUUGUCCCCGCCGGAACCACCGCCAUGGUCAACAUGUGGGCCAUCGCGCACGACGCCAAGGUGUGGGCCCGGCCGGACUGCUUCGAGCCGGAGCGGUUUGUGGACGCCGAUGGCGGAGCCGACGUCGACGUGCGGGGGGGAGACCUACGGCUAGCGCCCUUCGGGGCCGGCCGCCGUGUCUGCCCCGGCAAGAACCUGGGCCUGGCAACCGUGGGUCUCUGGGUGGCGCGGCUGGCCCACGGGUUCGAGUGGGCCCCCGUCGAUGGCGCCGCGGUGGACCUCGGUGAGGUGCUCAAGCUGUCACUGGAGAUGAAGACUCCCCUCACUGCCGCUGCCACACCAAGGGAGAACGUCGUUGGGGUGCUCUAGUUCACAUGAAGAGUCUUCAGAUAUAGAAGCUAGUCGAUGUUGUUAAGGGGCUCCAAUUUUGGGUUGACGGUAUCAUGGAGUCUGGUUUACUUCUGUUUGCUUGUUAAUUUUAGUAGUGUAACCAAAACUUCCACAUAGUUUGUAA